AUGUCUCGCCCGUUGCGGCGCGCACUCUGCUUCUACCAGGGUCCUUCGUGCUUCUCGCGCGCGACAGGCUGGCAGACCACCGGGAAGCUGGACAGCACGGCAACUUUGCGCCGGGGUGUGUCGUCGUCCAGGGGCUUUAAGCUUGCUUCACCUUCGUCCUUGGAGGAAAAGAUUGGCGGUGCCCAGCCGGUGCUUGACUCCUGGAAAUCUGGAGUUGACCGUCCCAUGACGAGCUCAUCGUAA